UUUUUCUUUCACAAAGCACCCAUAAAAAAGCUUAAACAAAUAAAGGAAUUGAGGAUUAACCAAAAAAAAAAGAUAAAGGAAUUGAGGAGUGUGGAGUACGUGGGCCUAAAAGGUGGACUGGACAUAAACCCAAAAUCCAUUUUGGAUUUUAGCCUAAAAAGCUUGGAUCAUAGAUAGUAUCCGAUUCGAGCGCCUUAAUCUUGAAAGUUGAAACCAAUAAAGCCCUCUUUGAAUCUGCAACAAUUAGCUUACCUCACCCCCAACCGACUUAGCGGCGCGUACCAAAACUCAACCGGAGACUUAAAACACUCCACCGCCACCGACUGAGAGAAUAUAACUCACGCGCUUAUGAAGCGCUUGCUAAUAUUUUUCAAACAUUUACAAACUUAACUCCCCGCCAUAAAGUGAUUGCGCAAGUCCACUCGCACGUCGACUAACGAACCGCUUAAACCUCUAUCUUAUUCGUCCGUGCAUUUCACGCUCUUUAAGAUAGCGUGGGUCAAUCGGCCCGCACAAGGGGUUAUGAUACUUCCCGGGCACGACUCUUUUUGGUGCACCCACACGCUUCGUCCACUCCGUUUGAACCACACGAAGGCACAGCCGCCGUACACCUGUAAGAUAAGGAUAGAGAGAGAGAAACGCACUGACACUGUGCGCCAGUUCUAGAGAGAGAAAAAAAUUUCCUGAGAGAGAAAGAGAGAGAGAGAGAGCGUGCGAGAUCUGAUCGAGAAAGAAAAGAAACGAAGAAGGUGACCCAGCUCGAAACCCUAGCGGUCUUGUAAGCCCUUACUUUCUCUGUGUAAUUAUCCUAAAAUAUAUAUUUAGAUAUACAUCUGUGUCCUUUUGUUAUCUGUAGUUUUCCCGGUGUUUUCGGGUUCGAUUCAAGGAGGCUUCUGUAAACCCUAGGAUUUCUUUGAGUUCGUGGUAGAAGCCCUAAUUUGAAAAUUAGGGGUUUUGUUUGUUGGGGUUUUUUUUCGUUUUGUUUAGGGGAUUAGGUCUAAAACCCUAAAUCGGAUUGGUUUGAAUCUUGAGUAUUUUCGGGGGAAAGAAAACUGAAAUUAGCGUUUCGGAGGGGUACAUGUAUGGCUUCAGAGCCUACUGUAGAAGGAGGUGAUGGAGCUAGAGAGAAGCAGAGGUAUUCGGCGCACAAGGUCUACAGAAGGAAAGUAUUCAAAGGCAAGAAGAACACUAUCACUGCCAGCGUCAACACCAACGACAACGAUAUCGCUAAGGACAAAGCCGAUAUCAAUACCACAACCACCACCAGUAGCACCGUGUUAGCGCCAGAAUCAGGUACUUCCACCGCCACCGUUGACAAUGUUAUCAAGGAUAACGACAAGAACGAUAAAAGCAACGAUGGGAAGGAGAACAAGAGCAACAAUGACAACGAGAGCAAGAAAGACAACGAGGGCAACGAAAACAACAAGGGCAACGAAAACAACAAGGACAACGAGUGCAAUAACAACGAGAGUAACAAGGGCAACGAGUGCAAUAUCAACGAGAGCAACAAGGGCAACGAGUGCAAUAUCAGCGAGAGCAACAAGGACACCGAGUGCAAUAACAACGAGAGCAACAAGGGCAACGAGUGCAAUAUCAACGACAGCAACAAGGACAACGAGUGCAAUAUCAACGACAGCAACAAGGGCAACGAGUGCAAUAUCAACGACACCAACAAGGACAACGAGUGCAAUAACAACGAGAGCAACAAGGACACCGAGUGCAAUAACAACGAGAAUUCAACUCAACCGCGGCUGCAGGCUCUGGAGUUGGAAGAUGGGAACUUGUCACAACACCUCCUUUCGAGAUUAGAUGCUGUCUCUGAUGAUUCGUCGAGCUUGAACCGACAACCUGUGGUUACAGAUGUCAUUCCAAACUCUAGGGACCCUCCUGGAGGGAAUGGCUCGGUGAAGGAGGGUGUGGAGAACCGGGUUACAGUUAGUUUGGCCUCACAGUCGAAACAUGAGGCAGAGGAGCUUCGGAGAAAGCUUGAGAGCGAGCUGGAAACAGUAAGGAAUUGGGUGAAAAAGAUAGAACAGAAGCAAGGGCAGAUUGCUGGACGUACUCAUUUGCAUGUGUCUGUAAAUGAACGUGUCAGCAAUGGUGGAUCAAAACGUUCUCAUUCAGAGGUGGCUUCUGUUGGUGUUACGCGAGAGCCUAUUCGACCUUUGCACCAGUUGAAUAUAUCAGUAUUGGAGAAUAGUCAGGGCUUUGAUAUUGUGGAAAAGGAGAAGAGGACACCCAAGGCGAAUCAAUUUUAUCGCAAUUCUGAAUUCUUACUAGCAAAGGAUAAAAUUCCGCCAGCAGAGAGUAAUAAGAAGUCAAAAUUGAAUGGGAAGAAGCAAGGUGGAGAUUUGGGAAAUGGUUUUGGUAUGGGAACUAAGUUUUUCAAGAGCUGUAGCUCUUUGCUUGAUAAAUUGAUGAAGCACAAGCAUGGUUGGGUGUUUAAUGAUCCUGUAGAUGCAGCAGGUCUUGGUUUGCACGACUACCAUACCAUUAUCAAGCAACCAAUGGACUUGGGUACUAUUAAAACGAGGUUGAACAAGAACUGGUACAAGUCACCAAAAGAAUUUGCCGAGGAUGUGAGACUUACAUUUCGAAAUGCCAUGACCUAUAAUCCACCAGGCCAGGAUGUUCAUAUCAUGGCCGAUCAGUUAUCAAAGAUUUUUGAGGAGAGGUGGAUGAUAAUAGAAUCUGAUUACAAUCGAGAGAUGCGGUUUGGGUUUGAUUAUAGUGGGGGCCUUCCAACACCUACGCCUAGAAAGGUUCCACCUUCAUUACCUUCUCCUCUUGAUAUGAGAAGGAUUUUGGAUAGGUCAGAAUCAAUGACACACUACGGUGAUCCCAGACCAAAGCCUAUGAGUGUUACUCCAACUGCUAGGACACCUGCUUUAAAGAAGCCUAAGGCAAAAGAUCCCCAUAAAAGGGAUAUGACCUAUGAUGAAAAGCAGAAAUUAAGCACAAAUCUUCAGAGCCUACCUUCAGAAAAGCUAGAUGCCAUUGUACAGAUUAUUAAGAAAAGGAAUUCAUCACUUUUCCAAGAUGAUGAUGAAAUUGAAGUUGACAUUGAUAGCGUUGAUGCCGAGACACUAUGGGAGCUUGAUAGGUUUGUGACCAACUACAAGAAGAGUUUGAGCAAAAAUAAGCGGAAAGCUGAGCUUGCCAACCAAGCUAGAGCACAAACUAUGCAGAAUGUUCAGGUGAAGUCCCAGGUUCAAAUUGUGGCAGAGGUGCCCAAAGAAAAGAAGACAGAUGAAAACAUUGUUUCCUCUUCGCCACCAGCUCAAGGAAAUAAUCAGGAGGAUAAUAGGAGUAGAUCAAGUAGUUCUAGCAGCUCUAGCAGUUCUGGAUCGUCUUCUAGUGAUUCUGAUAGCGAAAGUUCAUCUGCAUCUGGAUCAGAUGCAGGGUCACCGAGAACAUGAUUUGUUUGGUAAUUAGAUUUAAGAUAUUUGAGGUAGAUGGUGAUUUGCUCUGUGGAGAUAUUAAGGGUUAGAGAGUUGGGUUUGAAUCUGCAAUUGCUGUACAGUGGAAAUGUUGUCAAGGCCGUAAAGCUAGCUAUCUAUGUCUAUGUGCUGCUGGAAUGUGUAGUGUGUUUAAUCUGUUGUUUCUCAGAGUGGCCUUGCCUUUGCCGGGGAAUAGUAGAGUAGUGCUCUCUUCAUCAUUUUCAACUGGUGGCUCCAUUUCUUUUGUCACAGAUUUGUAUAAUAUUUGGUAGAAAAGAAUGUGGUGAUAAUUAGAUACAGUUUGCAUAGCACGUGUACAUUGCUAACUACUGCUGCUGCUCAUCUUUAAGUUUUACGUGACUUGUCUUUUGGCAUUAUGCUCUCUUAGCAGAUUCAGGAUUCUUUGGUGUUAUUUAGGAGAUAGUCUGUAAUUCAAGUUAAAUUAAGUCAUAAUUUCUUAUCAAAUCAA